GAGUAAAAGAUCUUUGUGCUUAACUGGGGAAGAAUCAGUGUUAACACAACUUUCAUUGCUGUUAGACGUGAGUUCCUUCUUUUUGUCCAAAGUGGAGUUAACUGCCAACAGAGAAUAAGAAAAAAAAUAGUGUUUAAAAUGGGGGACAAUAAUGAUGUUGUGAUUGAACUCGAUAGUGACGAUGAUUCAGAAAAGACAGUGCCAUUUGUUCCGAUUAAAAAGGAAUCUUUUGUUAAAGACACCAAUGUGAGCCAACAGGACAAAUUAAAUUUCGUGCUGAAGUGGAUGAGUGAAAAACAAUAUUUACCAACAUCAAGUGAUAUUAAGCCAGAUUCAGUGAAACAGGAGAAAGAAAAUGAUUUAGGCACACCUUCGCUGAGUAGUAUAUCAGAGUCAGAAAUUGAUUUUCUGACUUACGACGACAUAACCCCUAGUUUACCUUUAACAUCUCAGCUCAGUUCUCCUGAAAAGAAGAAGAAGAAGCAAGUAGCUGUUUCGUCCGUAGAAGUCCAAACGGAAAUAUCAACCAGAAAUGCUUCAACUGAAACUUCCCCGCCACCGAAAACAUUCGAAUGUGGGAUUCAGACAAAGAAGAUUGAAACGGUUACAAGAGGGACUCAGGUGCAUUUUGCGAUGGAACCUAGCGAACCUAGUACAUCUGUGGCAUCAAAGGUAUCCAUGAGCGAUUUAAGUUGUCUCAAUAAAGAUGAACCCAACAAGGAAAUUAUUCACAAAGAUAAUAAAUUCGUGAGAUACGCAGCUCUGUACCUGAGUAUCCUUCAACAAGAGGCAUUCCUGAAAGAUGAAGGACUUACAAUGGGUGAUACUCAAAUUGGGCCUCUUCUUAGUAUUAACAAGAUGUUGGUUGUUACAAAGGCGAAAGCCGCUCUUGCUAAGGAACUAGCAGAGCUGAAUGUAAAGGAACUUUGUGGACUCAUUGAAAAGUACGUUAAUUCGGACGGUGGUUCAACUGCUGAGUGGAUUGAAGAUUUCGUAGGAGAGGCACUCAAAGGGUUGGAAAGGGAAGUCAAUCGUACUGAGUCCGAUGUGCAAAAGACUGAGUUGCCUCUGAAAAGUCCAGUCUAUGGAGACUUAGCACCUGAUGAAUUGACUAAUCAGACGGCCAAUAGUUCCGAUGAAGCUCCGGAGAAACCUAUGACUGAGAUCCCAGUGGAUUCACUGAGUGCUCAUCUUAUGAAAGAACUCUUCGAUUAUUCUCCGUCUGAAAAUGAGAGAACUGUAGACUCAAUGGGUGAAGAAGCUGACGUGUUAGAGACAAUUGAAGCUCUGGCGUUAGGCGGUGUAGAAGCUCAGGCGUCAGGAACUGUUGAAGCUCAGACGUCAGAAAGUGUUGAAGAUCAAAGAUUGGAAAGUAACGGAAGUAACAUUGCUGCCAUAAAAGUGCGGCAAGAUUUGCUACCGACAUCAGUUAAUGCGCAUCCCAAUGUCGCCUUUGCAGAAUAUCAGCCUGUAUCGAAUGUUCAACAGGUUCAACAGCAAAAUAUCAACAGAAUGCUGAUGAAUAAUCAGAUCUACCGAAUGCCGCACUUGCCAGAGAUGCAACAAAUAUGCCCCACGAAUGUUCCACUACAUCAGUACUUCCAACGCAGUCAAGGGCAGCAGCUUCAAUUUCCAACAUUGCCUCAAGUUUCAGCAGCAACGCUACAAACAUCAAUUCAGGCACUGGAUCCAUUAAUCAUGAUACAAAAUCCUUCACCUGCUGCACCUGGCAUGCUGUUAGCUAGUUCGCAAAGGAAUCCGUGGCCUCAGAGCCUUCCAUAUGAUGUGCCACAGAUUAAUGCGCCGAAUCAGUUGCAGAUGCUUCCUCCGCCGUUGCUUGCUUAUCCACCGCAGCAAUCGUCUUACAAUGCACAGAUGCUUCAGAUGUUUCCAACGCUCCAACAACAGGGACCUCCUCCGGUGUAUCAAUCACAAACGCAACCGACGUCUCCAAUGAACAAGAUUUCGUCUUCACAGCAGCCACAAUCACGAAAACGUAGGGAAUCCAAGAAUUCUUCUAAUAAUACUCCGUCAAAGCGUCGUACUUCCACGUCAUCUACUGAGACUCCUCCAAAGCAGCUUUGUCAAAAUCUUCCAGUUGAAGAGUCAACAUUGCAAAAUCAGCCAAUAGGUCCUUCGGUUCGUCCAUCUACGACUCAGCCUCCGGUUGAUCAUGAUGCCCUAGGACGGAUACAGCAGCAGCUAAACACUUUGGGAACAGCUAUUUCAGCUGAAAAUGUGGUCCAAACGGUUCCACUAUCACAGCCAGAACAAAUGCCGUCGACAAGUGAAAUGAAUUCGGUAAUUUCAUCCAGUUGUCCGUCUAAUCAACAACUUCAGUUUACUUCAGUUGCUUCAACUUCUCCGGCAAAUGUGACUUCCACAACUUCACCACGCUGUUCGUCUGAUUCUCAGGAUGCAGGAAAGAUGCCACCACCACAGUGUUAUCGUCUCUUAAGGACGUCUUUAGAUUCAUACACUUUAGUGAAAACUGAUUCAAAUGAUGGUCAACGCAUCACAAGUCCUGACAUUGUUCAAUGCAACAAAGGACAAGAUGCUUCGGAUAAUGCCGUCCACACCAAAGACAAGGAAGAUUUAACAGGAAAGAAGUCAUUAACGGAUACCAAAAAGAGGUCACCAGUAGUUUCAAAGGAGCAAAUCCAAAAGAUAAAGAAUACCAUGAAAAUUUGCACAAUGUGCCUGAGUCAGGACUUGAUUGUUUCAACAAAAAUGGUCUGUGAAGUUUGCCUUUGUGUCUCGUACUGCUCAAUUGAACACGCAAAGCAAGACAAAGAUCAUGGCUGUUCUGAAAAUAGAUUCAUAAUUUUUGAUAAGAAUUAGUUUUAAAUGUUACAAAACAAAAAACUUUGAAAAAAAAAUGAGAAAAUUAAAAAUCGAAUAAUUACAAAAUAAUUUUGUAGUUAUUUAGUGUUAACAAUUUAUUAUUUACUACUUAAGUGUUCUUCCUAAAUGUAAAUUUCUCAUGAAGAAUAAUUUAUAAUUGUGGAACCAAAGCAGUAUUAAUGCAUAUCCAAAUUUUCGAAAAGAAAUUUUCUUUGUAAAAUUUGUCAUUUUAUAUAAAUGUUCGGACAAAAAACUCUUCUUGAGUGACUCAACAAAAAAAUUGCCGGAAGUUCAAUAAAAUGAAAUUUAAAGAGUUACCCAAGAGAGUUUGAAUGAAAUAAAUUUAGGUAUUACUUUGUGCCAAAAAAUAUGCAUUUUUCAUUCCAAAAAAAAACUUGAAGAUAAAAAAAAAUUUUUAGACUAGAAUUGAUUCUGUCAAAAAUCUUUUAUUUUCUUUUCUUAAAACCUAAAAGUUUUUGACAGUUGAUGUUUUUGAAUCGUUUUUUUGUCGUUAUAUAAAAAGGAAAUAAAUCAUUUGAUGUUCCAGAAAUAAAAAAAAAUCUUUAAAGAGCAUUG